AUGGCUCAACUCAACUACCGCACAAUCAAUGUCGACGUGCUGGACCCUGAGUCCUCCGCCAACUUUCCUAUGGAAACCCUUCUCCCCCCUACCCUCCCCGCCCCGACCACAUCCAGCGAAGCCGCCAACGUCGCCGCCCAGGUGCGCCAGCUACUCCGCAGUGGAGACCCCGAGGGAGCGCUGCGCGCUGUCCUCGAUACGGCUCCGCUAGGUGGAGAUGACCGCGCAAAGGAGGUGCACUUGGCUACCGUUAUCGAGGUGUUGCAGGGAAUUCGACAGGGCGAGAUGACGAGAGUGCUGGAGGGGGUUUGCAAUGGACAGGGUGGUUCCGAGCGGGCGGACUGCUUGAUGAAGUAUUUGUACAAGGGAAUGGCGGCCCCUGGGCCUAGCAGCGGGGCGCAAUCGCCUCGCAAAUCGGUCUCCCCGCAGAGCACCGGAUUCUCACAGAUUCAGGCUAGGAACCUUGGCGAAGGUGGUGGUGGUCAGCAGAUGAGUGUCCUGUUGAGCUGGCAUGAGAAACUGGUAGAGGUGGCGGGUACUGGAUCCAUCGUCCGUGUGAUGACGGACCGGAGGACGGUCUAA